UAGCUCAAAUAAAGCUCAGCUCACUUCCCUGCCUCGCAGCACAGAGACGAUUCUUCAUUCACGUGCCAGUUUCACAUUGAGCACCAGGAAAACUUUCCAAUGUUGUCAGAUCAGGACAAGUCUUUACAUGGUCUUGAAAGUGUAUACUUCGAUACAAACAUGUUAAAUUCAACGCAUGCGCCAUUAUCCGUAUAUGACUAUAAUAACAGCUGCAGCAUCGAUGAUUUCCGGAACAAAGUCUACUCAACAGCUUAUUCCAUGUUCACUUUGUUUGGCCUUUUUGGUAACAGUUUUGCUUUAGUUAUUCUGCUAAAGACCUACAAGCAAAGAACUGCUUUCCAUAUCUACAUGAUAAAUCUUGCCGUUUCCGAUCUUCUUUUCAUUUGCACUCUUCCAUUUCGAAUUGUAUAUUACGUCAGCAAGGGAAAAUGGUACUUUGGGGAUUUCUUAUGCAGGAUAAGCUCUUAUGUCUUCUACGUGAACUUGUAUUGCAGCAUAUUUAUGUUAACAGCGAUGAGUAUUACUCGUUUUCUCGCAAUAGUUUUUCCUGUCAGAAACUUAAACCUAGUCUCUGUUAAAAGAGCCAAAUGGGCCUGUGCAGCGAUAUGGGUUUUUGUGACUGUAACCAGCUCCCCAUUUCUGAAGACUGGAUCCUUUACAAUUGGCAACAGGACAAAAUGUUUUGAACCCCCACCUUCUCAAGAUGCAAAGAAAGACAUUAUCAUACUCAAUUAUAUUUCCCUUGUCAUUGGCUUCAUCAUUCCAUUUACCACCAUUCUGGUCUGCUAUACCAUGAUCAUAAGGACACUGCUGAAAAACUCCAUGAAAAAGCAACAGGAUUCCCGUAAAAAGGCAAUUCGAAUGAUCAUCAUAGUUAUGGCCGUGUUCUUUCUAAGCUUCAUGCCUUAUCAUAUCCAGCGCACUGUCCACCUUCAUUUUCUGAAACAAAAUAAGGACUGUAAAGAAAAUUUAGCGUGGCAGAAGACAGUUGUAUUAACCCUUGCACUGGCAGCAUCCAACUGUUGCUUUGAUCCACUGCUGUACUUCUUUUCAGGAGAAAACUUCAGGAGGAGGCUUUCCACCCUUAGAAAGCGGUCGGUAAACAGUAUUGCUCAUGGGAGUAAAAGAAAUAAGUCAGCUAGCUUACAAGAGAAAAGUGAAAUAUUCCAAGAGCAGGAGAAACAAGACAGCAGUGAAAGCUAUAAUAACACUUAAAGUCUUCUGUAAGAAAUACAAAAUGAAAACUAUACAGUUGUUUUGAAAAAUCGAAUGCAUAUUUGAGUCUGUUCCACUGAAUGUUCUCAUGUAAGAUACUAUUUGGUACAAUAUUGAAAGAAUCACAACAGAUAUGGUACUGGAAGCCAAAAGCAUUUCACUCCAUGUAUAAACUAAUGCAAGGGCAAAAAAUAAGAGCAAAAUGAUAAUUUGCUACUGAAGGGCACGUGCAUGCUACUGACUCUAAUAACAAACAUAGUACCAGCUUCAGAGGUGCUACUCCUAAUUUUUCUGCACCUAAAGUUGUUAAUUUAAAGAUCUGUUUAUUUGGUGAGGUCUUUUUUACUGUACUGUGGGCUUAAAGAGACCCAUCAGUCAUCAAUGCAACAAUGUGGUCCUCAUUCGAUAAUAUUCUCAAACCUGCUUAAUAGAUAUUUGGUUGGUUUCCGGAUUGAUAUUAGUCGGGCAGGGCCAGGGGGGCUGCAUUUAUGGACCAAUAAGCUGACACCUCAAUCUAGAGAGGCAAAGUUGGCAGUUUUUAUGGCCAGUUUCAUGUUAAACACAAACAAAUCUGCAGAUAAUCCUAUCAUUAAAGUUCACCAAAAAAGGCAGAGACAAGUAAACCAUUUUGAAUGUAUCCUGCAAUAUCAGUGUUGCACCUAAAUGUUAUAAAAUAUAUAAUGAUGCUUAGAAAAAGCUUUUAGAUAAAUAUCUGCAUGUGUUAUUAUCUAAAGGCAAAUAUGUAUUUCUAAUGUAUUUGAAUUGCACUGUUUUACUGUAUAUACUGUAGCUAUGUACAUAAGUGUAUGCAUACAAAUAAAUAAAUAUAUGUAGUAUAAAAUGUUAAGACAAACUGAAAACAAAUGGGUUAAGCAGUAACAAGUGUAAAGUUUGCUCUAGGUCCACUAAUCUACAGCAACCAAUCAGAUGUUUUCAUUAUUCUAACUGCGCUAAACUAAUGAUAAUUGCUGCCAUGUAUGCUAUUUCUUAGGAAAACGAAUUAAAGCAAACAAAGGUCGGUAGAGGAACAAAUAAAGGUUUGAAUAAUUUUCACUGGGGUGAGCUUGGGGGUGACAAUGAAUCUUAUGUUAUUACAAUAUGCAAUCUGUCCAAUAUGGCAUAUUGAGAAAAUGGAUCAGCUGCUUACUUGGGAAGCCAAAAGUCUUUUUUGAAUCCCGAAAACAAAGAGAUGCAUUGACACAAAAGCUGUUUGCAAGAUUUGUAAGAUUUAACAGCUGAAAUUAAUGUAUUUACUACGCAAAGUUCACAUCAAAUUCUUCCUUUAAAAAAAACAUAGAGGAAGUGACACAUUUCAUUAAAUUUUUGGCGAUACAGGCCACUUACCACACCACAUUUAAAGUGGGGAGCAAAUUAAAUCAUUUUGGGUCAGUAAACUAUCCCUUGGCCAAGUCCAUAGGGACCCAUAGGACUAAGGUGAGGUAUGUCCUUUACUGUUUCCUUCACUGAUGCUAUUUAUUGCAUACUAAAUUACUCAAAUUAGCUAAAUGUUAUUAAAAAAAGGCAAAAGUCUGUCCAAGGCCCACUAAUCCAUAGCUACAAGACAGGCUUUUGCUUUUCAACCACCGACCAGUAAAUGCCAGGUGAUGAUUGGUUGUUGCAGAUUAAUAAACCUGUACCAAAACGUUGUACCUUUUAUUACAUUACCUUUGUUUUCUGGUAAAUGAGAGCCAUGUGAAAUUGUUCCAGUUAUUGAACCAAAGUAUUUGUAGCUACAUGUUGGGGUUUUUGCACUUUUUGAUGUACAGCUUACUGCCUUGUUCUAUAUAUUUUCAGUUCAUGUUUGCUUAAAAAUAAUGUAUAAGACUGGGGAGGGGGGAAUAAUAAAAGAUGCAGACUCUGCUACUGGUCUGAUAGCAACUAGUCAGUCAGUAACAGUUGUUAUUGUUGUUAUUAGUUGCAAUCUGUUAAUAGAGCUGGGAACACUUUGACCCUUUUAUAGUGCAUAUUGAAUAUUAAAGUGGUGGUUCACCUUUAAGUUAA